UGCAUAGCCGCAUUCCAUCAUGAGGCAGGACACCUGAAGGAUUGGCACCGGUGAGACUGGGUCGCAGCGAAACUACAAAGCGUCCAGCUCAUCCGUAUUUGCUAUUCUGCCAUUCUACUACCUAAACUCGCGAGAAUUACGCUAUUGACAUUAUGAAAUGCCUGACGAGCGCGCAAGGUGUCGUCGAAUGCUAUUGCGAGACUUUGACUACGAAUGACAGCAAAUCAGAUGCAACCGGCUUCUGGCUCACAGUUGCCAUCUUGAUCCUUACCUUCGCCAUCGAAUGGAGCGCAUUUGCGAGCGAAAAGACCAAGUCUGCGAAGCCCGAAGAGUCUACGACGACUCCAACACCAGACAACAGCGACGUCCCUGCAGCAGAAUCUCAGCCAACCCAGGAUACACCACAGUCUACAUCGAACGACGAAUGGCUAUCGUCGUUUAAUUGGAACGUAUCGCCGCAACAGCGCGCAACACGAUUCGUGCUUGCCAGCUUCCUCAUGAUACCAUGCCUUAUCGCGUUUGUAUACCGCAUCAAAGGAGCGACAAACGGACUUGAAGCGACAUUAUGCAAUGAGAUCGAUCCGCCCAACUGGGCUCUCCUCGUCAUAUUCAGCAUCCUGCCGUUCGCAUGCAGUGUCACGGCCUGGCUGCGCACACUCGUCGAUUGCAUCCUUUCGCGCUGGAACCGUCAUCUGAACUACUGGUGGCCGUGUCUUCUACCGGUCGCCGCCGCCUUGUUUGGUACUUUCAUGGUUGUCUGCACGUUGUUUGUGUUGGUUCGCGGGUGCGUCCUGAUCUUGAUGGGACGCUCGGAGUCGGCUUUCGACUUUGAGUCACAGUCGUCACCACCAGAGAGCGUGGAGUUGUCGGCUGUCUCCAGCGAGGUACCUGACGAGGAAAGAGGCCUUAUGCAUGAUGUCGAUGCUGGUGCAACUGACGACGAUGCUACGGUAUAUAGUCCACGGAGCUCAGUGGAGGAGGAAAAGCGCAGUUGAAGGAGGUACUAUAGAUUCUUGAUAUUGUCCAUUGGUUUCCAUGUUCAUACAGCGGUGGUGUUUCCAAUCCAGGGAUGUUGUUAGAUAGCCGUGGAACGGUGACAGUAGAAAUAUCAAUCAGGCAGUGGUAAUCGACCUCCUCGCAUGCAGUCCAGAAUCCAUGCU